UGCUGGUUGGAGACGCAGAGAAAAUCAGUCAAAGUGAGAGUUGGCUAACAAACAAACUGUGAUUACCUACCAAGGUUCAAUUUCCCAAGCAACACCUGCUGUCUGAUCCUGCCUGACCUGUAGACUCGAGGAUUUACUGAAGCAGAACCUGCCUGACAUCAUGAAGUAGGCGAAAAGAUCUCAAAAAGCAACAUGUUGAUCUCUGAUCUAAGAAAUUCAAGGAAGUCAUUUACAUCAGUCUGGAAAAGGUUGCUGAGACAUUUUUUCUGGGACUCCAGUAGUCUGGCCAUCACCUUCAUAUACAAUUAGAUUUUCAUCUGCCUUCAGUGCUCUGUCUGGGAUUUCUCCCAUUGAGCUAAAUUUUAGCUGGUUGAGGAAGAAGGAGUUGUCAAUUUUCUGUGCGGUUUUAGAAUUGCAGAGUUGUGGAUUAGCAACGGCAGCAGAUGAAGUGAACCAAACAGUUCAGCCCAUGUUGGCCACGCCUCCAAAUGUUGACCAACAAGAGGAUCGUCAGACAUUUUAUUGCUGGGAAAGAAGUUUGUUAGGCUCGUCACUUCUCUCUGGGCAGUGAGCGAUGUCUGAUUAAAGCACACAUAGUUUCCGGUAAACGCCAUCGAUCUGGCGUGUUCCAUUAUGUCACAGCCAAACAUUAGCGAUUGGGUUAACAGUCACACAGACAGAUUCACAGACCCGCUGUAUGAAGCAAAACAGAGAACAAGGAGCUGUUUUUACUGGGCUGGGACUCCAGAGAACCAAGAGAGAACCAUGAUCCACACAUGGAGAAAAGAUGAGUGGAGAACCUUCCCAGGAGAGGAAGACCGACCAAAAUGAGUCCAAGAGUUGACUCAUGGAGAGGAUCAGAGGAAAAAACAGAAAAACAUCUAAACCUCAGCAGUUCCUGCCAGCUGUGUUUCCAUAACAUCGAGUAAAGGAAACAUCUUGAUGAUCUCAGGAGUCACGUUACAUCUGGUGGGACGUAGUACCAGAACACGGUGGUGGUAGUGUGAUGGUCCGGGGCUGGAAAGACUGAAUGGGAUAAAAUCUGAAAAAUUUAUAUGAAUCUUUUUAUCAUAUUAAUAAUUGAUGUAAUACUUUUAAAGUGGUUCUAAUGCAGCAGAUGAGCAACAUCGGCAUCAGGACAUUUCGGCCUGAAGGUUUCUGAGCAGAAUGAGGGACUGAUGCUUCCUGGCACUAAAUAUCAGCUUAAUAAAACCCGACUGCAUGUCGUCAGAAACGCACGGCAUGUGAGGUCAAAGGUUUAUGGGAGGAGAGUAUCAAGCAGAUGAGGUUGUUCUCCCUGUCCUUGUUUGACGGGUGAUUUGUUUGAGCUGCUGCUUGGUUUUACCAAUGAGCAGAGAGCUGUGAAGGUCCGACUGGAUGAUUAUCUGAGACAGCGGCCCUGUCACUCACCUGGGAGCUGAACGCCACCGCCUGCUAACCUGCACGCCUUCAGGUUUGGAUGUCUUAUCAGCCUGAAAGACCACUCAGGUCCUCUGGAUCCCCAGGAUUCAGUUUUUAUGCUUCUCUAAUCUGGAACAAACUUCUACAAAACAGCCGAAACACUGAGUUCCUUUAAAUCAAGGCUAAAACCCCCCAAAAGCUGCUUUUGAUUAGUAGUAGGACAUUGAUCAACAUAAUCAAUGUGUAUUUGCUUGAUGGCAUUUGAUAAACUGCCAUGUUUAUUGCUCGUUUCAUAAUUUAUGACUGUGUGUUUUUAUGAUGUGAAGUACUUUGAACUGCCUUGUUGCUGAAACCUGAUACACAGAUAAACGUGGCCUGACUUACGCCGUUCAUUUGGUUAGUCAUCUUCCAGACCUUUCUUAACCCUGAUAUUUCUCCCUCUUCUUCCUGCUCAAACACACCUUGAAGCUGGGAGGAACCAACACCUGCUGAAGGUGAAAACUGAUUGGCUGCAGCCUCUCUGUAUUGACACCUGAUUUACAGAUCAGAGCUCAACCCUGUUUCUCUCAGGAAGUGAAAAUCACAGUCGCUGUGUCUGAGAGCAGAAAUGGAGCAGAAUCAGCUGGACAGAGAAACUUUCUCCUGUUCGAUCUGUUUGGAUCUACUGAAGGAUCCGGUGACGAUUCCCUGUGGACACAGCUACUGUAUGAACUGUAUUACAGACCACUGGGAUACAGAGGAUCAGAAGGGAAUCCACAGCUGCCCUCAGUGCAGGGAGACGUUCACACCCAGGCCUGUGCUAAAGAGGAGCACCAUGCUAGCAGCUUUAGUGGAGCAGAUGAAGAAGACUGGACUCCAAGCUGCUCCUGCUGACCACUGCUAUGCUGGACCUGAAGACGUGGCCUGUGAAAUCUGCACUGGGAGGAAACUGAAAGCCAUCAAGUCCUGUUUAGUCUGUUUGGUUUCCUACUGUGAGAAUCACCUCCAACCUCACCUUGAUGUCCCUGGACUGAAGAAUCACAAGCUGGUGGAGCCGUCCAACAACCUGCAGGAGAACAUCUGCUCUCAGCAUGAUGAGGUGAUGAAGAUGUUCUGCCGCACCGAUCAGAAAUGUAUCUGUAGUUUCUGUUUAAUAGAUGAACAUAAAGGCCAUGACACAGUGUCAGCUGCAGCCGAAAGGACUGAGAAGCAGAGAGAGCUGGAGGAGAGACGAGGAAACAUCCAGCAGAGAAUCCAGGACAGAGAGAAAGAUGUGAAGCUGCUUCAUCAGGAGGUGGAGGCCAUCAGCCACUCUGCUGAUAAAACGGUGGAGGACAGUGAGAAGAUCUUCACUGAGCUGAUCCGUCUCCUCCAGAAAGGAAGUUUUUAUGUGAAGCAGCAGAUCAGAUCCCAGCAGGAAACUGAAGUGAGUCGAGUCAAAGAUGUUCAGGAGAAGCUGGAGCAGGAGAUCAGUGAGCUGAAGAGGAAAGACGCUGAGCUGGAGCAGCUCUCACACACAGARGAUCACAACCAGUUUCUCCUCAACUACCCCUCACUGUCACCCAGGGAGUCUAAAGGUCCAUCCAGCAUCAACAUCCGUCCUCUGAGACACUUUGAGGACGUGACAGCAGCUGUGUCAGAGCUCAGAGACAAACUACAGGACGUCCUGAGAGACUCAUGGACAAACAUCUCACUGAUGGUCACUGGGGUGGAUGUUCUACUGCCAGAACCAGAACCAAAGAGCAGAGCUGGAUUCUUAAGAUAUUCAUGUGAAAUCACACUGGAUCCAAACACAGCAUACAGAUAUCUGGUGCUAUCAGAGGGAAACAGGAAGGUGACACUUAUAAAGCAACCUCAGUCUUCUUCCAGUCACCCAGACAGAUUCACUAAAUAUUCUCAGGUUCUGAGCAGAGAGAGACUGACUGGACGUUGUUACUGGGAGGUGGAGUGGAAAGGAAUAGUUUCUGUGGCCGUUGCAUACAAGAACAUCAGCACAGCAGAGCAGAGGAAGAAAUGUGGAUUUGGAGGUAAUGACUUAUCGUGGGCUUUAGAUUGUUCCAGUUCUAAAUUUGGUCACAACAACAUCUGGACUGACGUCUCAGGUCCAGUUUCCUCCAGAGUCGGAGUGUACCUGGACCACAGAGCAGGUCUUCUGUCCUUCUACAGCAUUUCUGAAUCCAUGACUCUGAUCCACAGAGUCCAGACCAGAUUCACUGAGCCGCUGCUGGCUGGAGUUACAGUUGGUUGGUUCGGAGCCUCGGCAGAACUCUGCAAACCCAACUAGCCUUCCUCUGUUCUCUCUGGUUGUUGGUCAGGGUUGAUUUCUCUGAUGUCUCUGCUGUUCUGUACUUUGUUUUUUCUGGUUUAAAUGUUCUCAUCACUGCUGAUGUGUUGAUGGAAAUAAAAUGGAAAUUUGAAUAGCAGUGCUAAUGUUAAAUCAUAAUUGUAAAAAAUUAUAAACAAAUAUUAA